GCCUCAAGCUCUUCAUUUUCCAGAACCUUCCUGCAGUUCUAAAACCUCCGUCUCCAAAUAAAUUACUAAACCUCUCUCUCCGGUGAAUCAUCUUGUUUCAGCUUGUGAUUUUACUGUAAUUUUCUAAACAAGGAUCCAUAACAAAUGUUCAAGAAGACUGUAGAGGCGAAGGCGCACCAGAGGCUCUCUGGAGCCGACAAGAAGAAACUCAAACGGACUAUCAGGGACAGAUUUCCCAAAGCCUCCGAUGCUGAUAUCGACGCUUUGCUUCCUCCCAAGGCACCAAGAAUUAAAUGCCAAUCAAAACUUAUAUGGAGAAAGAAAGGGAAAAGGCAAAAAAAAAAAAAAAAGGGAGGGAAACUCAGUGAUUAGUUUUGUGGUGCUCAACAUGACUGCAUCAUUUUGUCCCUUUGGAAUAUGAUAAUUUAGGAAAUUCUACAUGAACAAUAUGCUUGCCUCCAAAUAAUCCAUGCUUAAUGUUUCUUUUUUGCAGCCAGAGAGUUCCGUUGGUUUAUUGUGAUAAUUGCUUAUGCACUAAUCCAGGGAAACUCAGUGAUUAGUUUUGUGGUGCUCAACAUGACUGCAUUAUUUUGUCCCUUUGGAAUAUGAUAAUUUAGGACAUUCUACAUGAACAAUAUGCCUGCCUCCAAAUAAUCCAUGCUUAAUGUUUCUUUUUUGCAGCCAGAAAGUUCCGUUGGUUUAUUGUGAUAAUUGCUUAUGCACUAAUCCAGGGAAACUCAGUGAUUAGUUUUGUGGUGCUCAACAUGACUGC